AGAGGCAUGAAAAAUUCCAAUUUGCGAUCAACAGCUCUAUUUUUCUAUUGUAUGUCCGUCCAAUUGUCGAAUUGUCGUUUACUUGUGAAAAAGUGGAAAAUAUAGCUAUCAUUGAAGUGGCUAAUUGAAAUUUAACAGCCGAGACAAACAACAAAAGUGUAGGCAAAGCAAAGUAAAGUGCAAAUUAUUUUUAACCCCAACGCCAAUUAAAAGAGCACGCGAAUUCCAAUGGCAAAGUGCUGUGAUUUCUAUUGUUGCUAAAGGAGGCAGAGAAGCAGGCUGUUGCUGCUGUGCACUGCUCUGUACAUUCGGCAGCCACACACUGUGUUAGCUUGUUGUGUGGCGUGCCAAUCUGUGUUAGCAGUAACGGCAACUACGAAGGGACUGCGGCGCCUGUUUACCAAACCUUCAAGGUAAAGAGAUAGUGAAAGUACUACUUGGUUGCAUUGAGUAAAUGGUAGUUUCAGGUGGGCGUUUUGUGGGUUAUACGUAGGUGAUGAUUUAAAUAAAAAUAAAGGAAAAACCGAGCGAUUAAAUAUUAAGUUAAUCACGAUGGAUGUUGCUGUUGUGAUUGAUACUCAGAUAACUGAAUAUCUGGAGGAUCGUAAGUGCGCAUUGGAGGAAAUGAAGCAGGCUAUACAAGCGGUCGGCGCUAAUUUUCAACGCGUGCAGUUUGAUAAACUUGAUUUUGGUGAAACGAAUAUGUUGGAAACAUUCUACAAUGCGGAUGUGGCAAUCAUUGAUUUAAGUAUAUUGGUCCAACAGCGUUCACUUUCCUAUCAUCUGGGUGUGCGCGAGAGUUUCGGUAUGAAAGGGAAUAUCAUCGUCUAUAAUGAUGUGCAAUCCAAGCAGACAUUGUGUCUCAAGCUUUCAUGUGCCAAUUACCAAUUUCUGUCCUACAAACGCAACGAAGAGACUUCCAUCUGCUAUCUUACCAAUUUCAAUAAGGAACUGCCGGCCGAUACGAAAAUGCCCACUUUGCUGUCGCGCCUAAAGCGCCUGUUGCAGGAUGUCGAAAUUCAGUCCAAGGCGCACAUGCGUGAAAAAUUUCUGGCAGAUCUGCGUGCAGCGCGUGAAACUUACGGUGCCAAUGCAUCGAAAUUGCAAAAAAUUCUACAUGAGAUGCGAAGGCGGCUGGACGAUGUCCAUGUACUAUCCGGAGAAGUGGUGCACAGUUUUAUGUGCUCAUUGCGCGAUGUGCAAGAUUACGAUUCCAUGGUGCGUUUGGUGAGCGAUCUCCGAAAUAUUCCCAAUACACGGAAAUAUGUUGAGACGGGCAAUAUGAGUUUUUUGUAUGCCUUCGCUUUGAAUCGUCGCAAUCGCAAGGGGGAUCGUGAAAAGGCGCUGGCUUCAUCGCUGAAGGCUUUGGAGAAGAAGGAAAAUGAGUUUCCCGAUAUGUUGUGCCUGUGCGGCCGCAUUUAUAAGGAUAUAUUUGUGGAAUCUGAUUAUGAAGACAAAGAUAGUUUGAAGAAUGCCAUAAAAUGGUACCGUCAAAGCUUUGAAGUGCAGCCAAAUGAGUAUGCGGGUAUUAAUUUAGCUACGUUGCUCGUAAUUGAUGGCAAGGAAUUUAGUAAUACGGAAGAAUUGCAAAAUAUUGGAAUUACAUUGAAUAAUCUGAUUGGUAAAAAGGGCAGCUUGUCGUCGCUAACUGAGUACUGGGAUGUGGCGACGUUCUUUGAAAUUUCGGUACUUGCGGAGGAUUAUGCGAAGGCGAUACAGGCAGCAGAGUGUAUGUUCAAGUUGAAGCCACCAAAUUGGUAUCUGAAAUCCACGAUUGGUAAUAUUAUGUUGAUACAUCGUUUCCGCAAAAAACCCGAGGAUCAUAUUUAUUCUGUGGAAGAGCAAAUAUUUCAAUUCUGGAUGGACUUUUUCAUGGUAGCGACUAAUACAGAGGAGAUCACCAGUGUACGCAUGCCGAUACUAAUUUUAGAACCACAAAAAAUUUACAUGCCCAGCUAUGUUAAUAUUAACAUGGAUGCUGAUGAAAAAUCUAUACAAAUCAUUAACAUUUGUUUGGCACAUUCAAAGAAUGCGUGCAAGAAAGUGCAUGAUUUUGUGUUCACUGCUUCGCAAAUAAAGUCUGUGAGUUUGUACAAGCGAGAUGACCGUUGCGCCUAUCUUUAUGUGCAUCACAAUUCAGACGAUUUUCAAAUUUAUUUUCCUUCUACGGAAUGUCGGGGAAAAUUCUAUGAGCUGAUACUGGAAAUGGCUUCGGGGCAAGAUGUGUUUGUGAAUUUAGACGUUGAUGAGAUGCGACAAAUUGAGUACGAAUAUGACUAUGACGAUCAAAAUCGCAAAAUUAUACUCGGCAAAGGCACCUACGGUACCGUCUUUGCGGCGCGCGACAAACAGACUCAAGUUCGUAUUGCUAUAAAAGAAGUGCCAGAGCGGAAUUCGCAGGACGUACAGCCGUUGCACGAAGAAAUCAAAUUACACUCACAACUGCGCCAUCGUAACAUUGUACAGUAUUUGGGCUCUGUUUCGGAGGAUGGAUUUUUCAAGAUUUUCAUGGAACAAGUGCCUGGUGGUUCACUUUCUGAUCUGCUUGAAAAGAAGUGGGGCCCACUCAAGGACAACGAAUCCACCAUGGCUUUUUACUCGAAACAAAUACUCGAAGGCCUCAAGUAUUUGCAUGAGCAGAAAAUUGUGCAUCGUGACAUCAAGGGUGACAAUGUAUUGGUGAAUACCUACAGUGGCGUAGUGAAAAUAUCCGACUUUGGUACAUCAAAACGUUUAGCCGGCAUUAAUCCCAUGACAGAGACAUUUACCGGCACGUUGCAAUACAUGGCGCCUGAAGUGAUCGAUCAGGGAUUUCGUGGUUAUGGGCCUGCUGCAGAUAUAUGGUCAUUCGGUUGUACGAAUGUUGAAAUGGCAACGGGCAAACCUCCGUUCAUUGAAUUGGGUUGUGCGCAGGCAGCGAUGUUCAAGGUGGGUUACUACAAAAAACAUCCAAAUAUACCGGAGGAAUUAUCGCCUAUGGCGAGAAACUUCAUUUUACGCUGUUUUGCCAUAAGCGUCACGGAUCGACCCACGGCGGCGCAGUUACUGGACGAUCCCUUCUUAAAUGACAAACACCGUAAGCUACGUUUGAAUCCACCAUCUACCUCGGAAUUUGGGCGCAGCAUAUCUGUGCCUGCCGAUCGUUUAGUCAAUAAGUCUACCUUACCUGCCCUUAUAAGUUCAAUCAGUGCUGGCACUUGCAAUACUCCUACAACGCCUGAGCUGGAAAUCACACACUCGUCUUCCGUCGAUAUCGAUGAGCUGCAUAGCACACAGUUCGCGCUGGAGCGUCGCAACUCAUCCGGUUUCUUGCUGUCUCCCGAAAUUGAGGCUUCCACACCGUCAUUACGCACCAACGCAAGUGAAACCAGUGAAACUGAUGGUUUCUAUCGUUUGAAAAAGGACUCACAACGUCGCACUACCUUAUCAAAGGUGUUGAAAAUGGACGAGGACAAGAUAUGCAAUUUGUGGAUGGAUCGCAUACAAACGGACCACAAAAUAAGUGUGCUCAUAACGAAGGCAGAGUUGCAAACUUUAAUACGUGGACUGCGCGAGUACAUUGUUAACGAGAAGGAGAAGAAUUUAGAGGCUACUAUAUUAGGACUGAAGCAAACGUUGAACGACGAUGUUGCCGUCGAUCAUCUGCACUUGGCAUUGUACGCCUUUCAGGAUGCAGUGGUUACAGUAUUGCGUUCACAUUUCAUCAAACCACAUUGGAUGUUUGCGUUGGAUAAUUUAGUAAAAAGCGCUGUACAGGCAGCGGUGACCAUUUUGUCACCAGAGCUUGGCGCCAACUUAGCCGGAAAGGAAUUAUCAUGCAAUGAUGACGAGAGCGUGCACAAUCCGCAACACACCUCAACUGACAGUCAGGAAAAGAUAAUCGUCGAACACACUGUAGUGCCCGCAUUAGUGGAAGAGGAUGACGGCAGCUUUUCACCGAGCGAAUGUGUGCGCAUAUUGCGCGACAUGAAGGAUAAUGACAAACAAUUUCAGCGUCAGCAUUUGGAGCAACAAAAGCAACAGCUAAAGGCCUUGCAGAACAUCAGCAAAGAAUUGGCGCACAUCUACUCGGGACGGCGAAGAGCGAGACGUCCAUUUGUUGCCCUCCAUCGGCGUCCCAACCGCUUUGCUACACACAAACAUCACAAUUUCAAUCGUUCAUUAAAUAAACGUACUUAUGGCAUCAGCGAGAUCGAUGAGCAGUUGGCGCAAUGGCUCACCAACCAUGACAUUGACGAGUUUUCACAGACUAUAAUCCUUAAUGAAGGUUUUACUUAUGAAGAUUUUGUGUUCAAUAUGGAGAAACUAGAUCUAAUGCGUUUAGAGUUGAGAUUGGGCGUGGAAGUGCGUCUAUGGAAAUUGAUCACGCAAACUCGCGCCAGUAUGGAUGUGGUGGAUGCUGAGAGUUCGUUUAGUCAGCAAGUAAAUACGCAGAGUACUGAUAAUUCAAGUGCCUUAAAACGUACUAAAACUACUGAUCAUAAUUAUAGAAGUAGCCUGGGCAGCAGCGAGAAUAGUAGUAAAAGAAUUUCAAAUGUAAAUAGGAUUAACAACAAUACCAGCGACAAUGACGACGCCAAUGCUAAUACGAGGCAAACUGAAAGCGAAUACGACUCUUGCAGUGAAUAAAAUGAGAAUCAAAGGCCCAGUACAGCUGUGUUAUGGGAAUGCAUAUGUAAAUGGGUUGUACACAGUUGUUGUCCUUAAGCGGCAUAAAUUCUGCCAUUGUUGUUCGUUCUUACGUAUGUUCAGUUACAAAUUAAUCGCGCAUUCAUAGAAAAGAAAAAAAACAAAAACAAAAAAAAAAACACGAAAAAACAAAACUACCAAACUUUGGUACAUCACAUAAAACAUCUAAGCAAAAACAAAAAAUUACAAAAAAAAAAAAAUAUUUUCUAAUGUUAUAAAGUUAAAAGCUUGAAUUAAGCAGAAAGUUAUAAAUAAUAAAAACAAGCAUGAUUGUGUUAACAACUAUUGAAAAAAGCGCUUCUUAAAAAAUAGUGGAUGAAACAAAUUUGCGGGAAC